AGAUCUCUUUUGUUCAAGGCAGAAUAUGGACUAAAAUUAUAGUAUAGUUUCCUAAAACAAAAAAGUAUUUGAAGAGUUCAGAUCUGUCAGUGGUGUGCUGUGAUGGCGGAAGCGUCUUCAGUACGUAAGAGAAAGGAUGAAAAAAGGAGCAAGAGACCGACUGGCUCUGGUUCGAAACAGUCCGGUUCGAAGAAGACUGGACUUCCCAACUCCAAACAGUUCGACCGUCUCUACUUGGUAGCUGUAAUUGCACUAGCUUUGGGAGCCUCCUAUGCCCAUUACCGGCACAUAUCGCAAUUGUUUGAGAAUGACCGGUUUUUCUCGCACCUCUCAUCGCUGGAGCGACAGAUGUCAUUCCGUACGGAAAUGGGACUAUACUAUUCGUACUACAAAACUCUCAUCGACGCACCCAGCAUCCCGGCCGGGUUGAAUAGCAUCCUGCACGAUAACGUCACCGAAUUUCCGUCUACCAUAAACGUCCUCAAGAGAUUCAACCUGUACCCAGAGCUUGCACUCGGUGUUGGCUUUCGCCUGUACACUGGGUUUCUCAACUCAAUGCAAUGGUCAGGCAAGUCUUGCUUCAAGAUCACCAGAGGACACAAUCAACCACCGGUUGAAUCAUGUGAAGGAAUGGCUGAUGAAGCGUACUUCUAUGUCACGCCAAUCUUCGCUCUCAACGGUCUUUAUGUUGGUGUUCUUUUCCUAAUGUGCUGGUACCUUGGGGGUGGAAUAUUCGGUGGUCUCUUCACCGUCCUAUGUUUCUUCUUCAAUCAUGGCGAGGCUACACGAGUCAUGUGGACUCCACCGCUACGUGAAAGCUUCUCUGUGCCGUUCCUUUCCAUACAGAUCCUCACGGUCACCUAUGUCAUCAAAUCUCGUACGCUGACAUUGCGACACAUGUUGUUAUUGACAACGGCCACAGUACUGUUCAUGUUGCCAUGGCAGUUUGCACAGUUUGUCCUGCUCACACAGACUCUAGCUCUGUUUGGCUGCUACACGUUACGUUUCAUCCCGGCCUCAAAGAUGAAAUUCUUCUUGAUCGGCUUCUCGCUCUCACUGGCAAUCAACAUCGUGAUGCAGUUUGCCAACGCUAUGCUUGUCACGUCGUUCUACUUUGCUUGUCUCCUCUCUGCCUGGGUCGUUGUGAUGGCGCAGCCGCUACUAGAAAAGCUUCGCUACUUUGUUGUCAUCGUGCCGGUACAAGUGAUCUCACUGCUCUCACUGACGUUGCUCAGCAAGAACAUGAUCGCACGCGUUGCCAAUGUAGAGGAUGACGCCCACAUCGGCAACCUGCUGAAGGCAAAGUUCUCGGCAGGCCGUGACUUCCACACCUCUCUCUAUCUGUGCUCCAAAGAGUUUGACUUCAUUGAACCGGAGAGUAUGGAGCUGCUAGUCAAGAGCCUUGUGUUGCCAUGUGGACUACUGGUGAUGCUUGUCAUUGUUUACAAAGUUGCAUGGAGUGUAAUGGGAGAGAUACUUGGGAAGAACACCACUGAGGAGAGCAAGAGGGAUGAUGACCGGGAACAUGAUAAUGACGGCACCUCUUUAUCCACAGAAGAUUGUACCAAACCACAUGCUGAGCUUCUCUAUCAUCUCCUACAAAACCUGGCAUUCUUGGUCAUGGCCGUGCUGAUUAUGAGACUCAAAUUGUUCUGGACGCCACACCUCUGUGUCUUAGCUGGUCUAUUGGCGUCACAAACGCUGUUCAAUCUUGUUCAGCGGCACGUGCGUGUGUUGCUUGUAGCAGUCAUCGCCGGUUGCAUGGCCUUCCAGGGCUACUCUAACCUACGCAAGCAGUGGGACACCAUAGGGGAAUUCAAUGAUCCUCAGCAAGAGCAGCUGGUCGAAUGGAUCCAAGCUAAAACACCAGCCACUGCUGUAUUUGCCGGUGCAAUGCCCAUUAUGGCUGGGGUGAAGCUGAAUGCGUAUCGGCCCAUCGUCAAUCAUCCACAUUACGAGGAUGUCGACGUCAGGAGACGUACGCUGAAAGUCUAUCAGAUCUACAGCCGCAAGCCGCCGAAAACGGUGGCGAAGACCUUACGAGGCAUGGGCGUUGAUUACGUCAUUGUGGAGAACGGCUGGUGUGUCCGCAACAGCGGGCCUGGUUGCACUAUGGGGGAAAUGUGGGACGUGGAGGAUCCAGUGCAUCGUGAUGACCCGCAGUUUUGUGCCACAGUGGCGAGCAGUGUCGUGCCUAAGCCGUUCAAACAAGCCUUCAAGAAUGACAACUACCAGGUACUGAAGGUCAGCUAACCACCCUCUCUGCCCUCGCUGAACAGCGCCAUGCUUCAUGUUUUCUUUUUCUUUUCUAAGCUGUGCAAGGCCACACACGGACGCGCGUGCGCACACAGACACACACACUCACGCGCUGAUUGUCAAGAAUACGGCAUGCAGCACCCGUGUGCUCAUCUGCUCUAGUGUUUGUUUUUCCAUCAGCUGCUUUUAUUAGAGCUCACUACUAGCAUUGAUAAUAACAUGAAUGCUACUAUCAUGUUUGGUUGCCCCUACAUUUGUGGGAGCGCUCUAGUGUCCUCCGUCUUGCAAGAGCUGUGGCUCAACUUGAUGAUGGCUAUAUUUUCUUAUAACAAAAAAAACUAUUUUCUGAAUAUUUUCGCUUUGCAUGCAUGAUGGAGGUCGCGAGCAAUGUACUCCUAACACCCGAUAUAUUCCCGUCUUCUAGUCUCUCUGCUGCAGAUUGCAUAUUUUCCACGUAAAACGCUCACGCAUGUACGCACGUCACUACAUAGCCAUACAUCUCACAUCGAGAAUACAACACACUCUAUUUUCUCAACUGUAGUUAUUUUAGGAAUGCACUAGUCUGAUCAAACUAAGACAAUGAUAAGAGAAACUAAUUCAAGGCUGAUUUGUGCCGCUGUCUUCGUGGAAGAUACUUCGAAGUAGAAUGAUUAUGUUCAUAUAUCCUUUUUGAAGGAUCAAAUUUGUCUCUUUGUGUUUUUCGUUUUCGUCGUACAUGUACAAACAUUCCGUCCAGUCCAUAUAUGGCUUUCCACUGGUGUUCAUCAAUGACUCUAUUGUUGGGUUUCAGCAUGACUAGCUCAA